AGCCUUUUGGAACAAGUUUUGCUCCCGAUGCCAACGUGCGCUGCCUCUCCGCGGCGGAUUUGCGAGCGGGCGCACUAAAGGACCGUCCUUGCCCUUGCUUGAAGACUUGUGGGAAUUUGCAUUCCCUCUUUUGAUUUAUCUGCCAUGCUUCAAAACUCACAAACUCUGAAAAAGGCUGUUGCGGUUUGGACGGAGACGCCCGUGCGCCUGCAGCAGCAAGCGGGCUGAGGCUUUAAAGUGGGUUAUCGCUGCCGAGCCGUCAGAUCGGAUGCCCUGAUGAGAUAUCCAGUUGACACGGCAGCUGCCAUGGCUUACCAUCCUUUCCAAGCUCAUCGACCAGGUGCCUUGCCCUUGUCAGCCUUCUUUGCCGCCGCUCAGCCCUCGUUCUUCCCUGCGCUGACCCUCCCAGACGCCGCCUCCCUGUCCGAUCCUCUGUCGGAGCGGUCCGCCACGGACGCGGCGCUGCGACGCCAAAAUCAGCCAGGUCACAGGCGGCCCACGAAGGUCCCGCAGCCAGAGGAAGGGCCGGAUGAUGACCCGAAAGUCACGCUGGACUCCCAGAAUUUAUGGAGUGAAUUUCACAAAAGGGGAACAGAGAUGGUUAUUACAAAAUCAGGACGGAGGAUGUUUCCGCCUUUCAAAGUGCGGGUCGAUGGGCUGGAUGAGACAGCAAAGUAUAUCCUGCUGAUGGACAUUGUCGCCAUUGAUGACUGCCGCUACAAAUUUCACAAUUCCCGCUGGAUGGUGGCCGGGAAGGCUGACCCGGAGAUGCCAAAGCGCAUGUACAUCCACCCGGACAGCCCGUCCAAAGGAGAGCAGUGGAUGAGCAAGCCCGUUGCUUUUCAUAAACUCAAACUCACCAACAACGUUUUGGAUAAGCAUGGAUUUACAAUUUUGAAUUCGAUGCAUAAAUACCAGCCCAGAUUUCAUAUUGUGAGAGCCAACGACAUCAUGAAGCUUCCAUACAGCACCUUCAGGACUUACGUUUUCCCAGAGACAGAGUUCAUCGCUGUCACUGCCUAUCAGAAUGAAAGGAUUACGCAGCUAAAAAUCGACAACAAUCCCUUUGCCAAAGGAUUCAGAGACACUGGAAAUGGGAGGCGAGAAAAGAGGAAUAAGCAGUUAACCAUUUCUACGCUGCACGAGAACCACAGCAAAGCAGACCAGGAUUGUGCUGAUUCUGAUGACUCAUGUGAACAACCCAGCACCAGCGAUCUGUUUUACUCCCCCCGGGAGCUGCUGAGCAGCCCUCUGACGUCCACGCCCACCUGUCAGGAUGAGAGCAAUAUUGGAAGUGAUUCAGAUAUUGAUCCACAAGAGGAAGACAUUGCUGAAGCCAGCUCUUCCAGGACUGAACGUGUGUCUGCUUUGACUCAGAGGAGCGAGGAGAUACCGUGGAGCAAGUCUGCUAUCAGUAAGAGUGACGAAAGAGCGGCGAAAGAGAGAACGGUGUCGAGAACGUCAGAUGACACGUGCUGCGUGGAUGCUGAUUCUUCAGAAAGACACAUGAGCAAAAUCAAAGAUGGGGUCCUGCCUGGGAUGCAGAGCUCAUCGUUCCUCAGCGCUGGUCACCGCCAGGCUUUGGAUUUUUCAAGUGUGCGCAGCCAACAGUUUCUGAAGCUCGGGGCACCUUUGUUAGUUCACCCUGGACAGCUGUCAGUGAAGCCAGAGGCUUUUUCCACCGCUGGUAUGGAACAUGUGUUCUCCUCUUUGCCCAGAGUGAAUAACCACGAAAAUGGAGGCCUUCCUUCUCAAAGCAUCACCUCUCCAUCUCCCUUCAUGUUUCACCUGUCACAGCACAUGCUGGCAUCUCAGGGAAUCUCACUGUCACCCUUUGGAGGACUGCUCUAUCCAUACAUGGCAGCACAAGCUGCAAUUGCUCCAGCUCUCCCCGCCUGUUCUGCAACCUCUACGUUGGCAACAAACCACUGUUUCCGCAGCCCUCGGCCUUGGUUGCGAUUCAACCCUUAUCUGAUCCCCACCUCUGUCACCUCGAGCCAAAACCUGCUCGCGACCAGAUCGCCUGGCAGUUCAAAUUCGCAGUCUGAGGUGUCCAAAUCAGGGAGCAGAGAGACAAGUCCAGUGUCGGACAAUCACAGACAAAAAACCAAGGCCAAGCAGAAAACGCCUCCACUGAAAAACAUUGUUAAGGAUUCUAUGAAUGACCUGCAAAACAUACAAAAUCUGGUGAGAGGACUUGAUAAACCACUUCCUCCACAAUAGACUCUUCUUUAUGUUGUUUUUCAUCCUACACGUCUGGGACACUCACACACACACAGACAAGUUUGUGAUGUUGCACAUAAGAAUCACCUAAAAUAAAUGUCAGAAACUGCAUGUGUUGCUGCUAUUUAACAUGUCAUUAUCUCACCAAUAAACCUGCAGAAUAAACACUGAUUUGGCGAUUUGCAGAUCGCACCGAGACAUUUACGUUAACACGAGGCUUCAUCAUCUUUUCUAUAUUUCAGUGUGAAGCUGGGUCACACCACACGCUAGAAUAUAGUCAUUUCAAUGCUUUUGAACGAUAGUAAUGUGGAACCUGGAUGUGAAAAAAAAAAAACAACCAAAUUUAGUCCAGUUUUAACCUUGACACCAGGGUCUUUUGGGCUGAUUUGCAUAAACACCAAAUCAGUAUUUUUCUGAAAGUUUUAUGUUAAUAAAAAAAACUAUUCGAAUGAAAAUGAUCAUUGGAUUACUUAUGGGGGAAAAAGAGCUAUGCAAAACUCAUUGCCCAAAGUGGAGUCUACAAGGACAAUCAUGUGCUUUAAAUAUGAAUUAAACACCAUUUUAUAUUGCUUUGUUCUGUAUGAUGAUGUAAAUAUUUUAGUUUUAACACACACAUAUAAACAUGAUUAAUCAAAGCCUUUUGAGACUGUAAAUGAUCACUGUUAAACUUGCCAGAUGUGAGGAAGCUGUAUACCACCUAUUCACAGUUUCACAUUUUGUUGAUGUACCAAAGCUGAACCAUGGACUUGGAGGGAAAACUCAGGAUUUUUUUUUAACCAGCACUUCGGAAAAAACGU